AUGAGCGGUGGUUAUAAAAAUAUGUGGUACUCUUUCGAUUAUGGUCCAGUUCAUGUCAUAAUGUUGAAUACGGGAGCAGACUUUGUCAAUGUACCAGCAGGACCAGGAACGGCAUUAAAUGCGGAUCAUUUCGUUGGUACAUCUGCUCAAUCAAUACAAAGUUUAUUUUUAUUUCUGUGGUCACAUGCAUUGGAUAACGCAGGUAAUAUUGUAGCAAAAGGUUUUAAGAAUGUCGACAGUCUUAUCCAUGUGACUGAUAGAGCAGGCGCUGCUCCAUCAGAUGCUGAAAAAGUCAGGAUUAUUGAUACCGAUCGUCAAGCUUGGUUCUUCGGUGGUUAUGGCUUUCAUCAGUUGUUAAUCAAAGAUUCUUCUCAAGCGAGUUUGAAUUUUAUUGACUCAUCAACGACAACAAUUAUCAAAUCGGUGGAUAUCAUUCGCAACCGUUGA